AUGGGGGAAGUUCACUCUGGCAGGGGCAGUCGCUAUAAGGUCACAGUCGUGGCCCCAUCGGUACUGUGCCAAGCUGCUAUUGAUAUGGGUGGUAUACUUGUGGGGUGGAGUAGGGUCCGGGUGUUCCCGGAAAGGCCUAGACCACUAAGGUGCUACAGGUGUCUGGCGAGAGGCCACGUGGCUGCUUCUUGGAGAGACAUCAUACUAGGGGGAGUUGCUGACCGUCAAGGCAAAUCGGGAUGUGCAAAAAACGUUCCAGGAAGUGCGGGCGAAGAAACAAUAGUACAAGGUGUUGUAAAUAGUGCGGGUGUGAGUGUGGAUAAUGACAUGGAGGUUGAGCAGGCCAAUUUAAAUCAUGCGCGUCGCGCCCAGGACUUAUUGGGCCAGCGGAUGAGAAAGAUUGGUGCGGACAUUGCGAUAGUUUCGGAGCCGUGGUGGGUCCCUCCGAGGGAUGAGAAAUGGCUCUCAUCAUUGGGGGUGUCGCCUCUCUUUGCAAUUGUCGCGGGCAAAGGCGAAAGAACCUGUAGCUUGGUGCGUCGGGGUUUGUUUUUUGUAGCUGUUAAAUGGGGGAACUCGCUGGUAGUUUCAGUCUACUUCCUCCCCAGCGAGAAUUUAAAUAGUUUUAGUAGACUUCUUGAUGAGCUCGAAGAGCUCUUAGGUACAUUUCCUGCUAUUCCAGCAUUAGUUGCCGGGGACUUUAAUGCCCKGUUCCCAAGAUGGGAUCCGGAAGGCAGAAGUAACCCAAGGGGCCAGUUACUCUGUAUGUGGGCCAAUAGGUUAAACCUAGGCCUGGCUAAUCAGGCUGGUCACCCCACGUGCGUUCGACCGCUAGAUUCGAGCGUUGUAGACCUUACGUGGGGGUCUAUAGCGGCUAGUGUCCGCUCAACGGAUUGGAAGAUGGAUAAGGCUGAGUCCCUUUCGGACCACUUAUAUGUUAUAUUUAAGUAUAUGCACGAGGCUGCAGGAUUCCGAAGCCUUCGCUCUAGGAAUGAAAUAUUCCCUAAAUGGGACGCGAGGGCUGUGRRAGAGKACAGGYUUGCGGCAGCCCUURUCUCCRGUGAGUGGAUACGRGACGAUAGUGACAAUGUGCGGGACUUGGUGAAGUGGGUAAACAAUACUCUCCUCACUUCGUGCGAUAUGUCCAUGUCAAGGGUGAGGAUAACGGCGGACAGGGGUCGUGUGGUGCCAUUGUGGUCGCGGGAAAUUGCACUACUACAAGGGGCAGCUACAACGGCAAGAUGA